CAGAUUGAAAAGAGAAUAUAGCCGGGAAGGGAAAGCAAGCAGGAACAGCAGAAGAAGAGAAAAUCAGAAAUGCUGCAGCUUCAGUUCCUCUCUUCUCCGGUCGCCGCCCAAACCCUAAAACCCAAGCUAUUUCUCAACACAAGUCAGAAACAUGGCUUCGAUGAUCUUAGCCCCAAAAUCCUUCGCCUUUCACUAACCCGGAAAUCCUCCAAGCUCUCAGUCAAAUGCCGCCGCUCCGACUACUUCGAGCAACAGAACUUCGACGACUCUGCUUCUACGUCGCCGACUGUAGUUGGGGCGUUGCCGGCAAAGUUUUAUGUGGGGCAUUCUAUAUAUAAAGGCAAGGCUGCUCUUACGGUGGAGCCCAGAGCACCAGAGUUCGUAGCUCUAGAUUCAGGGGCAUUUAAGCUAAGCAGGGAAGGUUUUGUGCUACUUCAAUUUGCGCCUGCAGUAGGUGUUCGACAAUAUGAUUGGGGAAGGAAGCAGCUGUUCUCAUUAUCAGUGACAGAAAUGGGAACCCUGAUUUGCCUUGGUCAAAGAGAAUCAUGUGAAUUUUUCCAUGAUCCUUUUAAGGGAAAAGGUGACGAAGGUAAGGUUAGGAAGAUCUUGAAGGUAGAGCCACUCCCUGAUGGUUCCGGCCACUUCUUUAACCUCAGUGUUCAAAACAAGCUUAUAAAUGUGGAUGAAAGCAUUUAUAUUCCUAUCACCCGUGCAGAGUUCACUGUCCUCAACUCAGCAUUCAACUUUUUACUGCCCUACCUUAUAGGUUGGCAUGCCUUCGCAAAUUCCAUAAAACCGGAUGAGACCAGUGGUGUGAAUUUUGCCAAUGCCAGAUAUGGUGGAGACUAUGAGUGGAGCAGGUAAUGAGGUGCUGGGCUUAUAAACAAACUUUUGCUUGUAGGAUGAUCUUUUUGAGUUACUUCCUUUUCUGUUGUACUUGGUUUACAAUAGUCUCUUGUAGGAAUUAAAUGCUAGAGGUUAAUGUGCACAUACGUGAAAUGAUCUCUCUCUCUUGAGGAAAUACAUGAAUUCUCUCAAGUUUGGGGAGGUAUAGCCUUUUUUUACUAUUAUUAUUGUAAUUGUGAGGCAUAGCUUUCUUUCUUUACUGUAUUCUCUUAAGUUUACAUUUCUGCUUACAGUCUGCUGGCACUUCCCUGAUGAAUCAAUGAAAUCCUCCAAAUCUU